UUGGAAAAACCCCAUCAUCGCUGUCUUCUUAACCCCUUUCUUUCUUCUUCCUCAAAUUAUUUUUAACUUAUUUCUCACUCUCAAUCAUCAUCAUCAUCAUCUUCAUAGCAAUCGAGAGAUAGAUAGAGAUGAAUGGAAACAGUGAAUUGGUUCAGCAGCUUCAAGCAACUAUGCAAGCCAUCGAGAUGGCUUGUAGCUCUAUUCAGAUUAAUGUAAAUCCUGCGGCUGCUGAAGCAACUAUUUUAUCCCUAUGCCAAUCCCCUCGACCAUACCAGGCAUGUCAGUUUAUUAUUGAAAAUUCUCAAAUGCCAAAUGCAAGAUUUCAGGCAGCCACCGCAAUUCGAGCUGCAGCAAUACGAGAAUGGUCAUUUCUUUCAGCUGAUGAGAAAAAAAGCUUGAUUGGUUUUUGCUUGUCCUACGUAAUGAAGCAUGCAACUUCACCUGAGGGAUACGUUCUUUCAAAAAUUUCAUCUGUUGCGGCUCAAUUGAUGAAAAGGGGCUGGCUAGAAUUUACUGCUGCAGAAAGAGAUGGAUUUUUCACAGAGAUAAAACUGGCUAUAAUUGGUAUCCAUGGACUAGAUGUGCAGUUCACUGGGAUUAAUUUUCUCGAGUCAUUGGUGUCCGAAUUUUCUCCAUCUACUUCUACUGCUCUGAGCCUUCCCAGGGAGUUCCAUGAGCAAUGUCGAAAGUCUCUUGAGCAUGAAUAUCUGAAGAAUUUUUACUGUUGGGCUGUGGAGGCAGCACAAAGUGUCACAAAUCAAAUUACCAAUUCUGAUACAGCUGUCUUAGAAGCGAAAGUUUGUGCAACGGCUCUUCGUUUCAUGCUUCAAGUUCUUAACUGGGACUUCAGUAACAUUGGCAGGGCUGUGAAAAACAGCUUAGAUGUUUUUUCAUAUGUUGCUAAAGAAGACAGUAACUCAGCUUAUUCGCUUGUCCAGCCUGGCGCGUUAUGGCGUGAUGUUUUGAUCACAAGUGGUCACAUAGGAUGGCUUUUGAGGUUGUAUGGUGCACUGAGAGAUAAAUUUUCAUGUAAGGGCUAUUGGAUUGAUUGUCCUCUUGCAGUUUCUGCUCGAAAACUCAUAAUACAGUUUUGCUCACUCACUGGAACUGUAUUUCCAUCUGAUGCUGGUGUUUCACAAGGGAAGCAUCUUCUGCAAAUGAUAUCUGGAAUCGUACAGUGGGUUCAUCCUCCUGAUGUUAUAGCAAAUGCAAUUAACAACGGAAGAAGUGAGAGUGAGCUGCUUGAUGGCUGCCGCGGACUGUUAUCCAUUUCUGCUGUUACCAACCCAGUUAGUUUUGAUGACCUCUUGAAACACAUAAGGCCUUUUGGCACACUCAGUCUGUUAUCUGCCUUAAUGUGUGAAGUUAUCAAAGAUCUUAUGACCAAAGAUUUGGAAGAAGAGCCAUGGAGCUGGGUUGCACGUGAUAUAUUACUAGAUACGUGGACAACCCUCCUAACGGAAACAAACAGUUCUGGCGUGAAUUCAUUGCUUCCACUUGAAGGAAUAAAUGCUUCUGCCAAUCUUUUUGCCCUGAUUGUUGAAUCAGAACUAAAGGCUGCAUCAGCCAGUGAAGAGAGAGAAGAUUACUUUCAAGCCUCAGUAUCCGCUAUGGACGAGAGAUUGAGUUCUUAUGCUCUUAUUGCGCGAGCUGCUAUUAACGUAACAAUCCCUUUUCUGACUGGACUUUUCUCUGAGCGCUUUGCAAGGCUUCACCAGGGAAAUGGGAUAAGUGAUCCAACUACAACACUGGAAGAACUUUAUUCGCUUUUGUUGAUAAUUGGCCAUGUAAUAGCAGAUGAAGGAGAAGGAGAAACACCCUUGAUACCAAUGGCUAUAGAAACACGUUUUCCAGAGUACGUGGAAACAGACAAGCAUCCAGUAGUUGUACUUUCUGGGUCUGUAAUAAAGUUUGCAGAGCAGAGUUUAGAUCCUCGUAUGCGAGCAGCUUUCUUCAGCCCUCGGCUUAUGGAGGCAAUUAUAUGGUUUCUUUCUCGAUGGUCGGGUACAUACUUGAUGACAACUGGAGAAAUGCAAAGUAAUAGGAACUUCGUAAAUGAGGGUAUGCUGCUUCAGAUGCAGCACUCCAGAAAAGCCUUGCUUAGUUUCUCCGCAGAAUAUACUCAUGGAAAGACCUUGCUUGACAUUAUUGUUCGCAUAGCAUUGACAACACUCAUUUCAUAUCCAGGAGAAAAGGAUUUGCAGGCCCUUACAUGUUACCAAUUGCUUGGUGGAGUUGUUCGUAGGAAAAAUAUAUGUGCACACCUUGUCACCUUGGACUCGUGGCGUGAGCUAGCGCAUUGCUUUGCCAACAAUAGAGAGCUGUUCUCAUUAAAUGCUAGCCACCAACGUUCUCUUGCUCAGACUCUGGUUCUUUCAGCUGCUGGCAUAAAAGACCCAGUGGAAAGAAAUCAAUACAUAAGGGAUCUUACCAGUCAUAUGACUGGUCAUCUAAAUGACAUAUCUGGCAAGAAUGAUAUCAAGAGUAUCUGUCAGCAGCCAGAUGUACUUCUCGUGGUUACUUGCUUAUUGGAGCGGCUUCGAGGUGCUUCCUGUGCUUCAGAGCCACGGACUCAAAAGGCAAUAUAUGAGAUGGGAUUUUCAGUGAUGCAGCCAAUUCUUAAAUUUCUUGAGGUUUACAAAGAUGAGUCUACAGUUGUGUAUCUGUUACUUAAGGUUGUCGUUGACUGGGUGGAGGGUCAAAUCAUCUAUCUGGAGCCUCAUGAGACUGCCAUGGUUAUUGAAUUUUGUAUGCAUCUGCUUCAGCUUUACUCUUCCCAAAACAUUGGCAAGAUAUCUGUAAGCGCUUCAAGCAGUUUACAAAGUGAAGCAAAUGCUGAAAAAUACAGGGACUUACGUGCUCUGCUGCAGUUGCUUCAAAAACUAUGCACAAAAGAUAUGGUUGAUGUUUCAUUAGCUACAAGUGAGGACCAGCAGACAAGCAUUUCUCAGGUUAUAUAUGUUGGUGUUCACAUUGUUAGCCCUCUGAUAACAAUAGAAAUGCUCAAGUAUCCUAAGCUUUGUUAUGAUCACUUUGCUCUGCUGUCACAUAUGCUGGAAGUUUAUCCAGAAAUGAUUCCUAAACUAAACCAUGAAGCCUUCAGUCAAAUUUCAGGAACUCUUGAUUUCGGUCUCCAUAACCAGGAUGUAGAAAUAGUUGGCAUGUGCUUGAGAUCUUUGAGAGCUCUUGCAUUCCACCAUUACAAGGAAAGAGGUGCUGGUAGGGAUGGUUUAGGUCAACAUGCGACCAGUUAUAUGGACGCUGAUGGAAAUUUUCAGGAUGGCAUUCUUAGUAGAUUUUUGCGAUCACUUCUGCAACUAAUCCUCUUUGAGGACUACAGCAUGGAUCUUGUAGGGGCUGCCGCUGAUGCUCUUUUUCCGUUAAUCCUUUGUGACCAUGACCUCUACCAGAGAUUAGGGAAUGAAUUGGUUGAAAGGCAACCUAAUUCAGUAUUGAAAACAAGGAUGACGAAUGCGCUGCACUCACUGACAACCUCAGAUGAUCUCUCUCCAUCUGCUGAUCGCUCCAACAUGAGAAAAUUCAGGAAGAAUCUAAACCAAUUCCUUGUUGACGUUCGUGGUUUUCUACGCAUAAUUUGAUGAUAGCUCAUACUGAUGGAACUUUUAUCCAAUCAUAUUUUUGUCACCAUCAAUGGCACCCAAUAUGCCCUUACAGAAACAUGAACUCUUCGAGAAAUUUGUGAUGAACAUGUAGCACUUGGUCACACUCACACACAACAUUAUUAGCUGGCCUUUUUUCUCCUGUUCUUUUGUAUAGUCAAGUCUACUACAGGUGAGAAGGUUUACGAGUGGCAUUAGAUAUAUUGAGCUUUGACAACUUUCCAAAUGAGUAAGUUGCAGGAAUAAUAGAUUAAUUACUCCAUAGUUGGGUGUAUUGUUGGUUUGGUAAUUAAAAUAUAUUGAGAAAAGCAAUAUGAAGAAGAGUUGUGACUGUUUGGUUUCUUGUUUAUUUUUCGGCUACGAUUGCAAUUUGCAACUCUUCGGUUCUUGUUAAAUGGACCACUUAUUGUCGAGUAAUUCUAAAGAUGAUCUGUGAGUAAAUGGAGUUGUUUUUUU